GACUCACAAGUCACAACACGAUCCACGGCUCACUUCGGUGACUCGCCAUUGCCGUGCAAGCUGUUCACCUGCCUCCUCCUUCCCCCCCACCCUUCCCAGCCGCCCGCAGGCCAAUGGAGAGGCAGAGGAGCCCCGCCUCCUGCUCCAGCUCGUACCACCGCCACCUGCUGAGCCCGAAGAGCCUCCUCCUCGUCUCCCUCGCCUCCUUAUCCCUCCUCUCCUGCUUCCUCUUGGCCCUCCGCCAGGGCCGCCCGCUCCACCUUCCCUUGGCGUUCGCCGCUGCCCCCGCGCCGGUUGUUGCGGGUGGUUGGGGUUACUGGGGCGGCCCAGCGGCGGCGGAGGUCGAAGAGGCGGUUCUUGGGCUCCGAAGAGGAGAUUCGGUCGCGGAGGGAGCCCGCCCCGCUGGUCCCGGAGACUUGUCGGUGCGGGGCGUGGGCUCGGUAACGGAGGCGCAAGAAACUGCUACUGGAGGAGGAAAUGGUGGAGCACCCUCGGAUGGUGAAGUCUUGAAAGUGCAAGAGGUUGGGGAAGCAAGAAACCACUCUCUUGGAGGCUUGGAUUCGGCUGUGGAGGUGAAAGAAGCUGCUGCUCAAGGCAGUGGUGGCGAGAGGCUGACGAAAGCGAAAGAUUUGAUUUCGGAGAGGCCAAACUUAGCUGAGGACAAGAAUCUUAGCAACGAAACUCUUGGUUCGGCAGCUGCAUCAGCAGAGAAAUUGGAGGUAACGGGGUCCUCGCGAGAUGUCAAUUUCUCUGUUCAAGCUUCAGGUCCUGCAAUGAAUACGAGAGAUGAAUUCUUGCGAGGCGGCCAUGAUGAUGAUGGGCGCAAUUCGUCUGUGCAUGGAGCUUAUGCUUCUCAGAAAGGGGGGCACUGGGAAAGCUCAGAUAAUUCAACGUUGGGGAACAACCCAGGAGGAACUCCAGUCAAUCCAGAUGAGCAAGAAAGGGCUAAGAGCAGCAUCGAUUCUGCGCAAAGCAAUGCAGCACAGUGUGAUGUUUCUGACGGGAGUUGGGUGUUCGACGAAAGCUAUCCACUCUAUGGGAGCAAUUCAUGCCCAUUUAUAGAUGAAGGGUUCAGCUGCCAAGCUAAUGGAAGAAUGGAUCAAAGCUACAUGAAGAUGAGGUGGCAGCCUAAGCAUUGCAAUGUCCCAAGGUUCAAUGCAAGGAAAAUGCUUGAGAUGCUGCGAGGAAAGAGACUAGUGUUUGUUGGAGACUCCAUUAACAGGAACCAAUGGGAAUCCAUGAUGUGCUUGCUACGAACAGCAAUCCCAGAUCCUUCAAGGAUUCGUGAAACUCAUGGCCGCAAGAUUACUAAACAAAAAGGGUAUUACAACUUCAAGUUCCUGGACUAUAAUUGCAGUGUGGAGUAUCAUACUACACAUUUUUUGGUGCAUGAAACCAAAGCAAGAAUCGGCCAAAAGCGCGCAAUGACACUACGGAUUGAUACCAUAGAUCAGAGCUCAUCAAGGUGGAAAGGUGCUGAUGUGCUUGUGUUCAACUCUGCUCAUUGGUGGUCGCAUCACAAAACAAAUGCUGGAGUGAAUUUCUAUCAAGAAGGGGAUCAUGUUCAUCCCCACCUUGAAGCCUCUACAGCUUUCCAAAGAGCACUAAUCACAUGGGCAUCAUGGAUCGACCGCUACAUCGAUCCACGGAAAACUCGAGUGUUCUUCCGGAGCUCAUCCCCAUCACAUUUCAGCGGAGGAGAGUGGAAUUCAGGAGGGCACUGCAGAGAGAGCACACUAGAACCUAACGACAGCUGUGCGUGGCCAAUGCCUGAGAUAAACGUGAUGCUUGAACAGAUCUCAAAGCAGAUGAAGAUGCCUGUGACAAUUCUGAACAUUACCGAUCUGUCCAGGCUAAGGACCGAUGGCCACCCAUCUGUUUUUCGACGGAAGGGGGUAGAUUUAACAGCAUCCAGCGCCCAGGAUUGCAGCCAUUGGUGCCUUCCUGGAGUGCCAGAUACAUGGAAUGAGCUGCUGUUCUACCAUCUAUUGUCCUCAAAAGGAAAAGAUCUGACAAGAUAGUGACUAAACAAUCGGUCCCGUUUCUUCUCUUUUAGUUAGGCCAUUUUUUCCUGUAAAUGUAAUUCGAUUGCUAAAAGAGGGCGUAAGAAUGUAUAUGUUUGCAUCUUUUCUCCAGCUGAUUAUACGCCGGGCACAUAGUCAAAUGUCGUGUGCCUCCUAAAAUGUUCCUUUCAGCCAAUGAAAAUAUAGUUUGCUUA